AUGGCACUGCUGGGCUGUGAAGUUAGACCAGUGCCCAUGGGGCUGGACAAAUGCAGGGCAGCCACCUGGGGGUCAGGGGACCCCGCCUUACCCCAGCUCUGCGGGGUCGUGCCACCUCACCGAGACUCGGAAGUGCUGCGGAGGUGGCCCCACACUCCUGGAGACCUGGAGCUUCCAGCCAGGAGCGAGACUGCUCCCCCUACCCUGAGCCCUGAGCAUUCAGCCUGCACCUUCCCACCCACCUCACCCCCUCCUCAUGGACCCCCAAAUCUGACCACUUCUCCACCGUCUCUGACACCCCAGCCUGCCCGGUCAGUCACCAGCAUGGUUCACCAGGAGGACUGCCCCUGCCCCCAGUGCUCCCUGCCUCUGCCCCCGCUCGCUCUCCAGCCCACAGCAGGCAACGGUGGGGGCAGGAGCGUGCGUGAGAACAUCCCAGCCCCAGACCAGCCUCCUUCCCCCAAGGACUCUGCACAGAUGCCCUGUCUGGGAGGCCUCCUUGUGCCCUACAGUGAGAGAGCCCUCCCACAGCCUGCGACUCCCCACAGGCGCUCUUCUCACCAGAUGGCAGGUGCUGUCUCCAGGAGGGCAGAGGCCCCCUGCUGGGACCCAGUGCAGAGACCCGUGUCUAAAACACAAUCCUGCAGCCCCUGGCCAGCCCCAGGACUCAGGCUGGUGAAGGAGCCACAGUCUCACGCGUUGCCAGUCACCAUGGCAGACAGAAAGCGGGCUCCAGAGGGCCUCGCACUGGCAAUAAAUGCUUUGGCCCAGAAGCGACAGAUGUCAUUGUGGCCACAACUCAUUGGCCAGCACUGGUCACCUGCUGACCCACCCAACCACAAAGCCCAGAAAGAGAAGCCCCACCCUGGGAAGAGCCGCUGA